GUGCGACAGUCCCGCUGCGCUGUCCGCCAGCGAGCCCCUCAUCCCGCCCUCGGAGUCCGAGAUGGCUUCAGUGACUGAUGGUAAAACCGGAGUCAAAGAUGCCUCUGACCAGAAUUUUGACUAUAUGUUCAAACUACUCAUCAUCGGCAACAGCAGUGUUGGCAAGACCUCCUUCCUCUUCCGCUAUGCCGAUGACACCUUCACCCCUGCCUUUGUCAGCACUGUGGGCAUUGACUUCAAGGUGAAGACAGUCUACCGCCAUGAAAAGAGAGUGAAGCUGCAGAUCUGGGACACAGCUGGCAGGAGCGCGGUACCGACCAUCACCACAGCGUAUUACCGUGGGCCAUGGCUUUAUUCUGAUGUACGACAUCACCAAUGAGGAGUCCUUCAAUGCUGUCCAGGACUGGUAC